GCCGCGCCGUGCGCGGGCGCGCACGCACGCUCGCUCGCUCGCUCAACGUCCCUUCCCGGUCUCCCCCAGGGAUCGUCCGCCGGGGCUCUGGAGGGUAACGACCGGGGGGUUGCGCUUGUGGUUUCGGCGGGGCGAGUGCCCGUCUCCAUGGAUUACUCAGUCACCCUCCAAAAGCGCCGCCUCGCCGUGCCUCCGGAGAGCUGGGGUCAACCUGAUAAAAAGCGACCUUGCCACGGAUUGGAUGGAGGUUUUCAGAAUGACAGUGCUGUACCUUAUACCCAACUAAACUGGAGCUCCACAGAUCAUCAGAAUCUGCAGAAUCAUGUUCAACCUGCAGAAGCAAUUUGCAAAAUCUUUGCACUACCGAGUAUAGACAAGUUAACUUCUAUGGGACAACCAGGCACAUUAAACCCUUGCCUUCGAUGUUUGGCAGGUGAAUCUGGGCAUAUUAAUCAUAUCACAACUGGCUAGGGGAAAAAUUGAAGAUAGCUUGCCAGGCUAUUCUUCAGUCAAGCAAGAUAUCAUCCACUUUGCAAUUUUACUGCUAUUAGGAAGACUAUGCAAAAAAUGACUCAAGUUGCUUAAUUGAUAUUGCAAGCCUGACCUAUAUGGAAAAUAAUUUAUUUUCUAACAACAGAAGUUUUUAGCAAGGAAUUUUUCACAAAGAUGUGCUUGAAAUAAAUUAAUUUUGAAUUUUAAUUGAAUCAUGAAGAUAAUUGAACAUUGGUACUCAGUAUAGAAUUGAUGUCACUUAUUAUAACGCUUGUUUUUAAAUUCUGAUAUUUUUAUAACAGAUUUCAAAAUAAAUGUUUCUUGUAUUUUGUUUCAAAAUAGUAAAUUGAUAGGAGUUUUGACCAUAUUUUUCAAAUUUUGUAUGAUAAUUUCUGAUUGUUAAUUUGCAAAUUAAACAUCAGAAUUGCUUUCUUUCAUUUUAUUUUUCAUUAGCCUUGCCAUAAAACCUGCUAAUGCUUGUAGAUAAUUUAGUAUUGAUAACUAAAUUAUCAAGUGCCAUUCUUCAUGUGUGAGCGAAGCUUAUGGAUCAGGUAUUAAAGUGGAGCUUGAUUGUGUCCACACUUUGACAAAAGUGCUUUCCUGUCAACAACAUUUAACAUGUUUGUUUUAAUUGUGGCUUUGCCCUAAUGUCUUUUGCCUGUCAUUAAUUACAAUUGUCUCUGCCAAAUGUUUUAUCAAAAUUUUGGUGAAGGUUCUUAAAACAAUAGAAUCUCUUUUUUUCAGUAAAAAAUUGUAUUUUUCAGUACAAUCAGAUCAUCAGAUUUUGUAACUAAAACUGUAGCUAUUUUUAAAUGAUUAUCUUUUGUACUCUUGCAUGCUUGCCAAAGAGUUCACAUCUUAAAUCAGCAUUUAAUAAUCAUUUUCUUUAAACUUACUCAAAGAAAGACCAUCUGGACCAGCUGUGGUUUCAAUUUGAAAGCUAUCAAUAUUUCACCUGAACUACUUGUGGCUACAUACCAAAAAAUAACAUUUUUAGGGCUUAUAUCCAGGGGAAAUCAUAAACUACUUUCUCUUCUGUGGCUGUGGCUAUGGUUGAACUUGAGGAUGGAUAGACAGUUUUCAGAGGCUUCUUGCUGUUGUUAUAGCACACUGGUAGACCUUUGCCAAUUUAAUUUGUUCAGAUUUAUGAAUAAGAUGGCGCAAUGCCAUCUGGAAGGCAGUAACUGCUCAACUUUUUCCAGAGAAGUUAAUGUGAUUUUUUUUUUGCAUUUAAACCAUACCAUUUAACUGAAGGAUGAUUGGAAAUUAGCUGCUACUUUUGAUGACUUUUUUUUUAAACGAUAUCCAUUGUGGGGCAGCUCAUUCACCUUUGGUCACCACCAGACACAGCUCUUACUUGUGGUUCCAAGUACCUGGUGAAUGUAGACAGCAGGCUUCAAACCCUGGUGAAAUAACAACAUGUGUCCUAGUAUGUGAAGUCUUUUCCAACAGUGAGAUCCAAUGACCAAGAGGGUAGUUCUGCAGCACCUCAUGGAGAGCAACAGGCAUGAUAAGGCACAAGAAGAAGUCAUGGUUAUCCACUGCAGCCAAGGAAGACCCUAAUUUGUGACAACUACUUGUACCACUGGACCUAGACCUCUAAGGGCAAGAGAGUGGAACUGUCACUGUGCAACAGCUUUUUCACUUUAAAAACUCCCUUUCCCAAGUUUCCCAAGUGUCAUUGUCGGAUACGACAGAUAACCAACAAACACACUGCCCUGUUCUUUUGAUUGACUGUAAAUGAAAAUCAGUGCAGGCACUUACUAUAGCUAAUGGACUGCCUUCAUACAUUGCUAUCAAUGAUUGCUUCCUCCAAAUCUUCAUUUUCAUUGUUGCAUUCAAGAUUAUCUGUCUCUUCAAAUACUUUGUAGUUCCUAACUUGCUGAUAUUGUGAUUAUGGUCUCAUUUUCACUCCCAGAAGUUUCAAGCAUCUCUAAGCUUGAAUGCUUGAAACUGCAGUAAGCAAACUAAUACUAAAUUGUGUUACUGCUUAUUUGUUGCCAACUACCAGUGACAAAAACUCGCUGCAUUUUGAACACAAACACACACAGGUGAUGCUAUUUAAAAACUGUUCACUCUAAGCACGGUCGAGUGCCUAGCCAUCGCUUAAGUUCACAUAACUGGUGCUAGUUCGAAGCUUUGGUAGCUGUCUCCUGUUCUAAAUAAGCAGCAUAGUGUCCCAAAUAAGUGGCUGGACUGAUUAACUGAUUGUCCAAUUAACUGUCAUUCUCUAAAGGAAAUAUUUAUAAUCGCUGUGGGAAUUGACUGCAAUUCAGUGUAUUUUUAUCCACAUUUAAUGACCAUUCAAUUGAUUUUUAGUCUGUUUUAGGUGUAAUUGAAGUUUGAGCUAAAUUGAAAAGAAUGCCAUUGUACAAGAAAAUGUGUGAUUUAUUUUAGUUUAUAGUAUUUAAAAUAAUAACUUGGUUGACAAAUGUCCUUGGUCUAGAAAUUCUUCGAAUGUGUAAGCAAUUAUGGUAUUCUGUUCUAUUAUUUUGGUUCCUUAAUGUUUUAGCUCAAGCUUGUGGGGAUAAGCUCCCACAACCUAUUAAUAGACUUAAUAUCAUGCUUCUCACAACAUUGCCUCUGACAACAAAGUCCAGCUCCUGGUCUUCACAUGUGAUGUUUGCUACUAAGCCCAGCAGAACUGUUUCUACUGAUAGGAGAAAGGGCAAAGACAAGUUACUGCCUUAAAACCAGUCACUUCGGGAUGAUGGGGUAUGACAGCCAUGGUUGGCAGCUCAUCUAUGAGAAGAAAUAGUCUGAUCUGAAACCUCGGCUGCCUUGCAACUAUAGGGAAGGCUUUGGGAAUAAAUCCUGAGCAAAAAAUCUGGAGUUGGAGUCAAUGUUGACUGGCAAUUCCUGUGACACCGCUGGUGUCAAACUAUAUCAGUCUCUGCUAUUCCUUUGGAUUCAUCAGCUGUGCGGAGAGGGGGAGCCUGAUGCAUGAGCAACGAAUUGCUCUCCACAUCAUGCUGCCCUGGCAGCUGGGACACAAUAUUCAUGGUUGACCUCGAUCAAUGCCUAGUAAAGCACUUUAGAGCUGAAAGUUAUUCAAAGAAGAUUUCUCUGAAUAGCCUUCCAGGAAUCAUUCUUGUAAAGUCAAGCAUUUUGUACCAAAGGCAAAGUAGGUUUCAUCUUUGCUGAUAAUGAGCCAGCAGAUAAAUGGUCAGUUUAUAGGAUGUUUUUUUUUAAAAUAAUAAACUCUUGCUUUCAGCCAGAAAAUCUUUGCCAAAUUGCAACAGAAUUUGUGUUUGAGAACUGGGUUUGAGCAGCAACAACUACUGCUAUUGUCCUCAUGUGAAGACAAGACACAGAAGCAAUGUUGAUUGACUUUGUAAAAUAAAGAUAAUGCAUCCAAUGGUUUUUUGGUUAGAGAAGACAAUUUCUCCACUUCCAAAACAUUCAAUGAAUAAAAUUCAGCAAUGUUAAGAUUAGCUUAAUCACUUUGAUCUCAGGUACUUAAUUCUGUUGUGUUUGUGUUAUUUGCAAAAUUUGGAAUUGCUGUAAAUAUUUUUUUCAUGGAUGAUAAUUGCAGUUACUGAGUGAAGUUCAUUUCAAGCUGAGGUCUUUAAACUUGCAUAGAAAGGCCUGUUAAUUUCUGUACAUUUUUGGAAAGUAGUUGUUAGGGAAUACAUGAAAAACCAUUGUUUUCCAUGUUCUGAACACAUGGCAUAACAUUUGGCAUUCAGCAGUAUUACUGGAUUUAUUUUUAUUCCAUUUAUGCUAGAAUUGUAGGUCAAGUGGAUGUGGAAAUGUUUCUUUGCAUAAAGUAUUCUAGUGAAAGUAAUACUUUUCCAGAGAUCUUAAAUAGUAUAUACUGCACGUCUCUUCCAUUAUUUCUGACGACAGGUAAAGGCUGUUCUGGUACAGCAUUGCCUCUAUCUUCAAAUUGUAAUUGUGUGAACAUAUCAGGCUGGAGGAAUAAAGUGGAGCAAAGAAAAUUGGAAGGAACACUGUUUGUACACUAACAAAGCCCAUGAAUAUGGACACAACAGGAAUUCUGCAGAUGCUGGAAAUUCAAGCAACAUACAUCAAAGUUGCUGGUGAACGCAGCAGGCCAAGCAGCAUCUAUAGGAAGAGGUGCAGUCGACGUUUCAGGCCGAGACCCUUCGUCAGGAGAUCCCUUCCCAGAUCUUGACAGCCACCUCUCAACAAAGGCAGACAUCGAUGAUUGUUGCCACUGCUUCCAGUGAGGCAGCAUAAUCUAAUUGUCUCAGGAAAGGAGUAUUGGAAGAUCAGUGUGUCAAAUCCAGCACAAAACUCAUGAUAUACCUGUAGAGGUGAUUCCUUACUCCUCUUCUCCCCCCCCCCCCACCAAUAUGUUUCUGAAACUUAGACAACCAACUGCAGACGCUGCAAAGUACUGUCUAUACAAAAUAUUUCAGAUCUACCAGCAGAAUAAGUGAAUCAAAGGUAGUCCAAGUUUCAGAACUGUUCAAGAGGGUAGGAAUUAAGCGUUAUCAGGCAGACCAUGAGCUUCAUCUUGGGUUUAAGACCUUGAUCUACAAAACUAGUUUUCUUACAGACCUAGAGGUUAUGCUGGCACAGUGAAGAUAAUGGUUAAGUGGUCUGCCAACAUCCCAAAAGGGAGACCCUAAUUGUACUCAGUGGCCCCCACUGGAUCCAUAAUGUCAGUUAUAUAUCUAAUACCAGAGUGCUGGAAAAGGCAUAUUGUUCCAAACUCCAACAUGGAAAGAGAUUAAAUGGCAGAAAAAAAGAAAAGAUUUAAGGAUUUUAUUCUCAUCUUUGAGAAAUGAUGCAACAUCUGCACCAACUCCUGAGAACCCCUGUUUCAUAGUUAAAUGUGAGAAGGACCAUUUCAGAAAGUAGUCAGUCCAUGUUUUGGAGCACAGAGAAGCCCAGCGUAAACAACAGAAGAGUCUACCACUUAAACCACUCAUCCAACUGUCAAGCACCUCCUACUCAGUCUGUGGCAAAAUCUGCCUGCUCCUCCUCAAUGACCCUCAACAUUCAGAACUAGAGUAAGAACAAGUUAUACUCAAACCUGAGGGAGCCACAGGGCAAGAAGAGAUAAAUUGUGUGACUUUGCUUCUCUUUUGAACAUCACAAAAAAGUGAAAACUAAUUGGAUACAACCAGAGGUUUGAAUUUAAAAUAUCUGAGAUGUUGAGGCACUAAAUUUUAAACAUCUGAAGAUUAAUAUUCAUCUAAUACUUUAAGGCAUACUAAAAUAGAAAAUGUUUAAUUCUACAUUUUAUGACCUGAAUGAUAAAUGGUGAACAUACUGGCCAAGAUCCCACCAGGUGGCCUAUUCACAUUUUAACUGGAAAUGCUGCUUUCACAUUUUAAAAAAAUGAAUUUUCACAAUUAUUGGAGAAUGUACAUUUGAGUAGUUAGGUCAACAGAUCAGGCAGUGACAUCUAGCUUUUUUUAAUGUCAUAAUUUGGACCAUUCUACAUCAGGGACUAUUUGGGGAAGUUAUGAGGAUGUAUUAAAGUCAUUUUACAAAAUUUGUAUGUCAUUACAACCAUAGAGUAACUGAAUAGCACAAUACUGUAAUUCUUAUCAAGAUUCAAUUUUAUUAAGAAUUACUGACUUUUAUGUUCAAAAUGCUAUUUGUUGAAGAGGGAUAUAUUAAAUUGUUCCUUUGGUUCUUAUUAUGCCAGAAUUUACUUUGUGCUUUUGAAAAUAAACAAUUUAAAAAAUACUAUUUUGUUCAUUGUACUAACGUUAAAUCAAAAAACAAAGUGAAGUAGUCUAAGAAUUCAAUUGUCCAAAUGGUGAUACAAUAUGCGUUGAGAGUAAAUUCCUCUGCCC